AUGUCCGUCUUCCUCACCUCACUGGCCACACAACUGCACUGCAACGUCUUUGCUUACGACUACAGUGGCUAUGGCCUCAGCUCGGGGUGGCGUCGUGAAAACAACCUCUACACUGACAUUGAGGCUGUGUAUCGUGCUCUUCGCGAGCGCUUUGGCAUUGAUCCUGCCAAUCUCAUACUUUAUGGCCAAAGCAUUGGUACCGUUCCCACCGUUGACCUGGCCUCAAAACAUCCUGAAAUUGCUGGCGUGGUGCUGCAUUCCCCGCUCGCCUCAGGGCUUCGCGUGCUCAAGCCGGGCCUGACCCGCACCUACUGUUGCGACCCUUUCCCGAGCAUCGCCAAGAUCUCCGACGUUCACAUGCCCACCCUAAUAAUUCACGGCACAGAGGACGAGGUUAUUGCUUUUUCGCAUGGCGUGUCACUGCACGAGGCUUGUCCAGGCUCCACGGAUCCGUUCUGGGUGCAUGGCGCUGGUCACAAUGACGUGGAGCUAUACAACGGUUAUCUUGAUCGGCUGCAGGACUUUUUGGACCAAGCGCGGUCGCGACAACCCAGCGCAUAG